AUGGUACUGCUCCAGGGGCUACCGUGGGGCCUCGUGGCUUCUCUCCUGGCCACGGCCGCUUCGGUCGCUGCGACGCCUUCGGUAUCGGUGGGCAUGAGGGCUGCCUUUCCGUCACCUCCUUACCUGAUAGAACUCUUGGAGACAGCCGCACAAGAAAACGAAACUGCCUACUUCCCUCUGCUCGACCGCAUCGCUGAUGGCCAUUUCGCCAAGGCAUCAACCGACAAGUCUUUAUACGACACAUUCGUCAGCCUGCUACAAGAUGGUGGAUACAUCCAAGGAGAGGCCCUCUCGACAUUCAAGCUCGCAUUGUCUAUGCGUUCGGCCGCACCCAAAAUCGAGGCGCAUUACCAGUUCUACAGGACCGCGAUUGACACCGCCGCAGAAGGCAGCGCAAAGGACUGCAAGACAUGGGUAGCAGUCAACGGGAAGCAGUAUUGUUCUUCUGGUCUCGAGUCUCCGACCGAUAUCUCUGUAGCUAUUGCCAAUGACCGCCAGCUACCCUUCGAUAACAAGCUGGGUCACGGUCCGGAACACGUUCUCUACGCCGACAUUACUUCACCUGAGUUUGGGAAAUUCCACAAAACUCUGGCUGGCAAGGCAAGGCGCGGAAAGAUUGCAUACAAGCUGCGACAUCGUCCUAGUUCCACCCUUGUGCAAGAGCCUCUCCCCGUCAGCGGUUACGGCGUGGAGCUGGCCCUGAAGAGGACCGACUACAUUGUUAUCGAUGAUCGAGACGCUGACGUGACUCCACCACAAAAGGAUGCCAGUGCUCAGGUUGUUCUGGAUGGAGAAGAGGAAGUUGCCGACCUCAAGGCUCUGUCCAAGUCGGAACUGGCCGAGCUCGGUCUAAAGGCUGCCGAUUUCAUCGUGAGGAGUGAAAAGCCUUUCGAAACCCUAUUCAAGUUGACCCAGGACUUCCCCAAAUUCUCGACGUCCAUUGCAGCCCACAAUACCUCGGAAGAGUUCUUGGAUGAACAGCGCGCCAAUAUCGCACAGAUGCUGCGUCCCGGCAUGAACCUGCUCUGGAUGAAUGGCGUGCAGCUAAUUGAACGGCAAAUCCAGUCCUUUACCCUUGUCGAUAUCAUUCGACGCGAGCGCAAGCUUAUCAAUGGCGUUCUAGAGCUAGGUCUGACCGGCAAGGAAGCAGUGGACCUCCUCGGCCAUCAGUCCGUAGCAUCUUCCAAGAGCGAGGACGAGCCACAGCGGUUCGACUGGCGCGAUCAGGUGGAGGAGGGCCGGGUGAUCAUCUGGCUCAACGACCUGACCAAGGACUCCAGGUACCAGGACUACCCUACAAGUCUCAUGUCCUUGCUGCAGCCGACCAUGCCCGGCCAGGUACCGCCUGUUCGGAAGGACAUCUUCAAUGCCAUUUUCCCUGUGGAUUUCAGCAAGGAGGAAGAUGUCACCUUCAUCACAGAGCAGAUCUUGAUGUUUGUCAAGCGCAGGCUGCCGAUCCGGUUCGGCCUCGUUCCACUGACCAACUCAGCUGAGGCUACCAAGCAGGCUAAGACUGUGUAUUAUCUCCUCGAAACCUACGGUCUAUCUGCCAUGACAUCUUACUUGCAGGCCUCAUUGGAGGAGCGCAAGACCAGCAAAGUCAACCACAAGAUCUUCGAUCGGGUAAUCAAAGAGCGCAGCCUCAGAGCAGAAGCAACUCCUCUGCCAUUGGAUGAUGUGCUCCAAUCAGAGGAUCACGAGGCUCAGAUUCAGCUUGCAAAACACUGGGCGGCCAGGCUCGGUUGCAACACGCCAAUCCCGCCCGUUUAUGUCGACGGCAUACCCUAUCCUAGAGAUGAGUCAUGGCUGCAGGCAAUGAGCAUGAGGAUCGGCAGUGAUUUGCGUGUGGUGCAGGAGGGUAUUUACUAUGGCAUGAUCAACGAAGACACUUGGAUCCCGGGACGCUUCCUCGAGAAGGCCGCCAUCAGGCGAAAUGCCUACAUCUUCCCCGAGGAUCCCAAAGCCUUGGCCAUGUUGGAUGUCAAGCAGAUGUACUCUGACCACGCCGAUCUCUUCAACCAGCUCCCUGUGAUCGAGGCGAGCGAAGACUCGGUAAUGGCAGAUUGGGCCGCUUUGACUGUUGUAGCCAACUUGGACGACCCGUCAGGCCUUUCGCUGCUCACUGCGGCCGUCAAGUUCCGUCGACAGAACCCGGGCAUCCGCCUGGAUGUUCUGUACAAUCCUGAUGCCACCAAGCGAGGCGCCAGAAUCAACAAAGAGCUGUUUGAGGAAGCCGCAAGACUGAUGGGCACCGAGAAAGAUGAAGAUCUGGAGAAGAUCGCUGUCAAGAUUACAAGUGAGGCCUCGCUGGACUAUGAUGCCCCUCUAGACCGCUUCCUUGAGGCUAUUGCUACAGAGCGGGGUGCCAACAAGCUGAUCCUAAAUGGCCGGAUGAUUGGGCCCUUCACCAAGGAAGAUCCUUUUACCGAGCUCGAUUUCCAGACAUUCCUGGAGUUCGAAAGAGCUUCGAGAAUCAUCCCUGUUUAUCUGGCACUUGAAGACCUCGGUCUCAAGUCCAAGGUCUCAUCUCCCCUAGCAGCCGCCAAGCUUACUUCCAUCACGGCCAUGUCUACUAUGUCGGACUUGCCCGAAGGCAUUUUCGAGUCCGCCCCUACCCUACGUAUCUCGGCCUUCAACGAGUGGAAUGCUACUCACACCUCGCUGGAGGUGGGCGACAUUGCUACUGCCAACAUCCAUUUCACGGCCCUCAUCAACCCAGCCAGCGAGCAGGGCCAGCGGUGGGUUCCUAUUCUGAAGGUGCUGUCGGAGCUUGACGGUGUCUAUCUCAAGAUCUUCCUCAACCCAAUGGAACGGCUGGGGGAACUGCCGGUCAAGCGGUUCUACCGAUACGUGCUUGACUCGGCGCCGCAAUUUGAUCAGUCUGGCAAAGUCAAGGCCGUCGGUGCCGAGUUCAAGGGUUUACCUUCGGAGGCGCUUCUCAACCUCGGCAUGGAUGUUCCUCCAGCCUGGCUAGUUGCCCCCAAGGAGUCUGUCCAUGAUCUCGACAACAUCAAGCUUAGCUCUAUCAAGGCUGAUGUCGACGCCACCUACGAACUAGAGCACAUUUUGAUCGAGGGACACUCUCGAGAGCCUGGAGGAAAGCCUCCGCGUGGCGUGCAGCUUCUGUUGGGUACUGCAAGCGAUCCCCAUUUUGCCGACACCAUUGUCAUGGCCAACCUGGGCUACUUCCAAUUCAAGGCCAAUCCCGGCAUGUACGACAUCCAGCUCAAGGAGGGACGCAGCUCCGACAUCUUUACCAUCGAGAGCGUUGGCUCCAAGGGCUAUGAAGCUGUACCUGGAGACGAAGGGACUGAAGUCGGCCUGAUUGACUUCCAAGGCACUACGCUCUAUCCUCGCCUCAUUCGGAAGGCGGGUAUGGAGGCGGAAGAUGUACUGGAAGAAGUCGUUGCAAAGGAAGGCGGUGCUAUGGGCAUCGUCUCGAAAGGGAUGAAGUUUGCGGAGGGCAUCCUCGGUGGCUCCAAGACACCAUCCGGUGCCAAGUCGACCUCGGACGAGGAGCACGCCGAGAUCAACAUCUUCUCCGUAGCCAGCGGGCACCUCUACGAGCGCAUGCUGAACAUCAUGAUGGUCAGCGUCAUGCGCCACACCAAUCACACCGUCAAGUUCUGGUUCAUCGAGCAGUUCCUGUCGCCGUCCUUCAAGGACUUUAUCCCCUUCAUGGCCGAACAGUACGGCUUCAAAUACGAAAUGGUCACGUACAAGUGGCCCCACUGGCUGCGGCAGCAGAAGGAGAAGCAGCGCGAGAUCUGGGGCUACAAGAUCCUCUUCCUGGACGUGCUGUUCCCGCUCUCGCUCGACAAGGUCAUCUUUGUCGACGCGGACCAGAUCGUGCGGACGGACAUGUACGAGCUGGUGCAGCACGACCUGGACGGGGCGCCGUACGGGUUCACGCCCAUGUGCGACUCGCGGACGGAGAUGGAAGGGUUCCGGUUCUGGAAGCAAGGGUACUGGAAGAACUACCUGCGGGGGCUGCCGUACCACAUCUCGGCGCUGUACGUGGUGGACCUGCGGCGGUUCCGGGAGAUCGCGGCGGGCGACCGGCUGCGGCAGACGUACCACCAGCUGUCGGCGGACCCGGGCAGCCUGUCGAACCUGGACCAGGACCUGCCGAACCACAUGCAGUUCCAGAUCCCGAUCCACAGCCUGCCGCAGCGCUGGCUGUGGUGCGAGACGUGGUGCAGCGACGAGUCGCUCGGCGAGGCCAAGACUAUCGACCUGUGCAACAACCCGCAGACCAAGGAGCCCAAGCUCGACCGGGCGCGCAGGCAGGUGCCCGAGUGGACGGCGUACGACGACGAGAUCGCGGCGCUGGACCGCAGGAGGAAGGGGCUGCCGCCUGUUGCGGCCGCGACGGCAGGGGCGGAGGAGAAGCAGAAGGUUGUUGGGGGCGAAGGGGGAGCGGGCGAGGAGAAGAAGGACAAGGAGAGGGAGAAGGAUGAGCUAGCGCCAGACAAUGCCCUUGUCUUCAUCUCACUUUCUACGCCCUGCCAUCUCAGCUCCUCUCCUCCUCAUUCCCGUCUGAUGCCGUCAAAGCCAAAAGACGACCUGUCUUCUACAGGAGGACCCGCCUCCACGGCUCAGGUGCCUCCAAGAAAGUCAAGAUAUCCGUCGCCUUCUGGGCUCCCGCCAGCUGUGGUUCUUCCCAGAAAGUCGAGGUACUCCUCGCCAUCUGGCCUCCCGCCAGCUCAGGUCUUUGCGAGGAAAUCCAGAUACGACUUUGUUUCCAAGGGGGACACCACUCCACAGACCAAGGACGCCAUGGGUGAUAGUUCUUUGUCCGAGUCGCCAUCGCGCGGCGCGCCCAACGAGACACCAAUACCCUUACCCCCGCAAGUGAAGCCAGGCUUUCGGCCAUCGCCAUCCCCAGCAGGUCAAGCAUCAGCUCAGAGCAACGGCACGCCUGCAGACACGCCCUCUCGUCCCGUCUUGACAAUGAAACGGACAGGUGGUUUCCACAAGCGACCCACGGGACAUCCGCCUCCUUCACGCACCACUCCUGCUUCUAACAACGAAAAGGCUUCUGCUCAGACCGCGGAGUCUUCUUCUCCGCCCAAGACUGCCGAAGGUGCUGAGCCCGAAGUCUUGCGUGUGGUAUCAGACGUUGUCGACACAAACGGCCGUGCUUACACGUCAACGCCCCCAGCGACAGCUCAGCAGCUUCUCAAGCGCAAAGCGGACGAGUCCCCUCCUGACCCUCAUCCAAGCCAGAGACUGAGAACUUCGUCUGCACUUCCAACCUCGGACCCGGCGAACGGGACAAAGGAGACAGCUCUAGCUGCCGACAGGGAUUCGGCUUCCCAAGAUUCUACCGUCCAGGACUCCAUGCUUGCCGGCCUCAGCAGCGAAGAUGGCGAUGCCGACCUCAAUGCGGACCUCGAUGCUACCCAUGAUGAUUCCCUGGAUGACGACGGUCCUGAUGAUGCGGAAGAUGAUGACCACUUAUCGCUGGAUGAGACAGCCCUCGAUCUUGUCGACAUGGAUGAGAGCAUGGCAGAUGAUGUGUCGUUUGUUUCCCAAUCAGCUUCCACAUCUGGCAGGAACCUUCGGGAGCGGCCACAGGUGGUCAACUCCAUGGCCUCUAAUGUCAACCCAAAGCAGCGUCACCCUCGCCUCGACUCUCGUGUGCCGGACGGGCUGGAGAAAACUCUGUCUGGCAGGGCAUACACGUCUUGGCAUGAUGGGACACGCCUCGUCGCUACGACAGGUGUACUGUUACCAGAUAACUACAAGGUGAAGGUGGUGACCAAUAUGCCAUGGAUAUGUCCCAUCCGUUCAUGUCGCCAGCUGUUCUACACGAUGGGCAGUUUGAGUAAGCACUGGCAGAAAACACACUACCGAUGCAAGUUGAAUGACAACAGCGACGGAACGUUCUCGAUCACGGGUCAUUACGAGGCCACCUCAAGCACCACCAGGCUCUCGAGAACCCCAGCUGUCGUAGUGUCGAGGAUGCCCCUGGAUCCCAAGGAGCCUCCCAUGGUGGAGCCGCAUUAUGUGAAGCCAACAGCCGUUGAGCCGAAGCCACAAGACAAGACUUUGCCUGAGACUCCUCGAGAAGGAUCUCAUGUGCUCGCCUGCACCACUCCAGCUGGCAGGCAUCCCAUGUGGCAAGUCAGGAGGACCCUCAAGAUAGCCUCGGACAACCGGCCCUACCAUCUGUGGAAGAAUGACGACGGCCAGCUCAUCAGCGCUUCUGGAGCGUUGAUACCCGCGAACUACACAUUCUCUACAUACCCAGGCCAUCCUUGGGUGUGUCCCAUCCGGGACUGCAGGCGUGUCUUCAAGAAGUUACUCAACCUCGGGGUGCAUUUUAUCAGAAAACACCCUGGUCGUAUCUUUAAUGACAACCAAGACGGCACGCUCUCUGACAUAGGUUCUUACAAAGUACCCGGUGGAUCCGGUGCCAAGACGCUGCCUCCUCGAGUUCUCACGUCCAAGCCUCUGAGCCCCGACGAGCCUCCAAUGGCUGAGGAGGGGCCACCUUCUGCGGGUUUUGUAACAAGCCAGACACCGAUACCCCCGCCUCCAGUCCCGGCGCAUCUUAAGAAGACGUAUUCCACUUCUGGCGGCAUGACCCUGGAGCCAGAUACAGAUUGGCAGCCUCCGCCGUUGACAGCUGCCUCCUGGGAGACGUGGCGAUAUAUCGCCCCUUACCUCCAGAAGCACAAGGGCGAUAUCAUUCCCGACACUGGCCACCUUCGGGAGCUCCUCUCCCAACCCCGCAUCCGCGAUAUUGCAAUGAACGCGGACUACAUCAAGUAUCACGACUCCAUACCCAAAGACAUCUCGGCAAUGCUCAUCAACCUGACUGGAGAGCAGGCCUCGGAGCCUUGUUCAAGAUGCCGGGAGGGGAAGGGACCCUUCAAGGGUUGCUUCGUGCUGAAGACGACUUCCCCUGUCAACCAGCAGCGAUCGAUCCUCAGCUGUGGCAACUGUCUGUAUCAUAGUAAUCAGACGAGCUGCAGCCUCAGGCAGGCCCUUUCUGCUCGGGUGAUGGAGCUAUUCCCCGAUCCCACCGCCAAAACCGAGCAUGACUACUGGAGCCGGCACCACUGCUCCAUGGCCAUGAACUGGGCAAAGUACAACGAGAACAAGCGCCUGGGUUUGGUCAAGCCCGAUGCUCUCCCGCCCUCCAACACCAAGAAGGCCGCGCCACUCCCGAAGACCCGCCAGGAGCCGCCGGUGCACGAGGACUCCGACUCUUCCGCAUUUGGGGCUAGGCGGUCCGGACGGAUCAGCGCGAUGGGGAGCACGGGAUCGGAGACGGAGAAGCAGCAGCCCGCGUCAAAGGCAGUCUCCAGCCUGCGCAAGUCGACCUCGUCGCUCGCGGCUGCGGGCACUUCUUCUAGGGAUGCAGGACCCCCCGGUGAUAUUGACCCGCACAUCGCUGAGCUCUCGGCGCAGGCGACAGCCACUCUUUUGGCCCGGUGUGCCAAUGCCCCAUCUGCUGCCGGAGCGCUCGCGUCGUCGUCGUCAUCUGCACUCGUCUCUACGGGGCGUAUCGCGCCCACCAUGACGGCAGAAACCCUGGAGAUGGAGGACUGGGAGAUGGCGCCCGGACGGAUCCGCAGCGUGGCGUCUGGAUCUAUCGACAACAUAGCCUUCUCCAACCCCUACCUCACCACGAACCAGGCCGUCCCCGUCGACGACGGCAUCGCCUUCCGCGUCGAGGUCGUCCGCGCGGGCCAGUCGCGCCGCCUCGGCCCGGAGCAGGGCGCCACGCGGAUCUGCUCCCUGGCCGCCGGCAAGCUGCGCGUGCGCGUCGACGGCGAGGCCCCCGCCGCGCAGUUCUCCAUCGGCCCGCACGGCAUGUUCAAGCUCAAGCCCGGCGUCGGCGCCACGGUCGAGAACAGGCUGUACAUUGACAGCGUGCUGCACAUCUCGAGCGUGUCGUGUUAA